GACAUUAUCUAUUCCAUGCAUGUUGAAACUGGGCCCAAUGGAGAACAAAUCAGAAAACAUGCUGGACAGAAGAGAACAUAUAAAGCAAUUUCAGAGACCUAUGCCUUCCUACCGAGAGAAGCGGUGACACGAUUUCUAAUGAGCUGCUCAGAGUGCCAGAAAAGGAUGCAUUUAAACCCAGAUGGAGCAGAUCAUAAAGAUAAUGGAAAACCUCCAACUUUGGUGACCAGUAUGAUUGAUUACAACAUGCCCAUUACUAUGGCUUAUAUGAAACACAUGAAGCUACAGCUACUAAAUUCACAGCAAGAUGAGGAUGAAAGUUCUAUAGAAAGUGAUGAGUUUGAUAUGAGUGACUCAACUAGAAUGUCAGCUGUGAACUCUGACCUCAGCUCAAAUCUGGAGGAGAGAAUGCAAAGUCCUCAGAACCUCCAGGGCCAGCAGGAUGAUGAUUCAGCCGCAGAGAGUUUUAAUGGCAAUGAGACCGUGGGACACAGUUCCAAUGCUUCAGGGGGAACACACUGCAGGGAGAUGGCAGAAUCCAACAGUAAUGGCAAAACAAAUCUGGAGCAGGAUGAGCAGCCUCUGAACCUGAGUGACAGUCCCCUCUCUGCUCAGCUGACUUCAGAAUACAGACUAGAUGAUCACAGCAGUAAUGGAAAGAACAAAUACAAGACUCUCCUAAUUUCUGAUCUCAAGAUGGAACGGGAGGCAAGAGAAAAUGGAAGCAAGUCCCCUGCACAUAGCUAUUCAAGCUAUGACUCUGGCAAGAAUGAGAGUGUAGGCAGAGGUGCUGAAGAUCUGUCUCUGAAUCGAGGAGAUGAGGAUGAGGAUGACCAUGACGAGCAAGAAGAUCCUGAGAAGGUUAAUGAAUCAGAUGGGGUAGAAGCUGAGCGACUGAAAGCUUUUAACAUGUUUGUCAGGCUGUUUGUAGAUGAAAACUUGGACCGAAUGGUCCCAAUCUCUAAGCAGCCCAAAGAAAAGAUCCAGGCUAUCAUUGACUCAUGCAGGCGACAAUUCCCUGAGUAUCAAGAGCGUGCCAGAAAACGCAUACGUACUUACCUCAAGUCCUGCAGGCGGAUGAAAAGAAGUGGUUUUGAGAUGUCACGACCUAUUCCCUCACACCUUACUUCAGCAGUUGCAGAGAGUAUCCUGGCUUCCGCCUGUGAGAGUGAAAGCAGAAAUGCUGCAAAAAGGAUGCGGUUGGAUAGACAGCAGGAUGAGGCUGCUCCAGCUGACAAGCAGUGCAAACAGGAGCCAGCCCAGGUCACUUACUCAACAUCAACUGUUUCCAGCACGCAGGAGGUGUUGUACAUCAACGGCAAUGGGACCUACAGUUACCAUAGUUACAGAGGGCUGGGAGGUGGGCUGCUAAAUCUCAAUGAUGCUUCUAGCAGUGAUCUGCAGCCUACCUCCACCACAGCCACAACUCAGCACUGCAUCCCAGGAACCACGAACGUCCAGUCCCCUUCCAGCUCAGGUCCAACAGAUCUCAGUAUGAAGAGGCAGUUAGCAACCAGCUCUGGAUCCUCCAGUAGUUCCAGCUCCAGACCCCAGCUGAGUCCGACUGAAAUCAAUGCAGUGAGGCAGCUUGUGGCAGGGUACCGAGAAUCAGCCGCGUUUUUAUUGCGCUCUGCAGAUGAACUUGAAAACCUUAUUUUGCAGCAGAACUGA